GUAUCAGGCGAGAGUCUCGAAAGACGCAUGCGCUGACAGGGGGCAGUGGUGUUUUGAGUGGAAAAGGGGCUGUGUGUGUGAAAUAAAUCCUGCGCAGGCGCGUUGGGCCCGAUCACUAUGCGGGUGCUUGUGGGUGGAGGGACGGGCUUCAUCGGGACAGCCCUAAGCCAGCUGCUGAGAGCCAGGGGACAUGAAGUGACGCUGGUGUCCCGGAAGCCUGGGCCGGGCCGCAUCACGUGGGAGGAGCUCGCCGCGUCCGGGCUGCCCCGCUGUGAUGCUGUGGUCAACCUGGCCGGGGAGAACAUCCUCAACCCUCUGCGCAGGUGGAAUGAAACCUUUCAAAAAGAGGUUCUUAGCAGCCGCCUGGAAACCACCCAGUUACUGGCUGGAGCCAUCACCAAGGCCCCACAGCCCCCACAAGCCUGGGUUUUAGUCACUGGUGUGGAGGGUGAGGCAGAACCGAGAACAAAUACAUGCCGUUCCACUGCAGCUUACUACCAGCCCAGCCUGACAGCCGAGUACGAUGAGGACAGCCCUGGCGGGAAUUUUGACUUUUUCUCCAACCUGGUAACCAAAUGGGAGGCAGCAGCCAGGCUUCCAGGAGAUUCUACACGCCAGGUGGUGGUGCGCUCAGGGGUUGUCCUGGGCCGAGGGGGCGGUGCCAUUGGUCACAUGUUGCUGCCCUUCCGCCUGGGUCUAGGUGGCCCCAUCGGUUCAGGCCACCAAUUCUUCCCCUGGAUUCACGUCGGGGACCUGGCAGGAAUCCUGGCCCACGCCCUUGAAGCAAGCCACGUGCAGGGUGUCCUGAACGGAGUGGCUCCUGCCUCUGCCACUACAAAUGCUGAGUUUGCCCAGGCCUUGGGUGCUGCCCUGGGCCGCCCCGCCUUCAUCCCUCUCCCCAGUGCCGUGGUGCAAGCAGUCUUUGGGAGGGAGCGUGCAGUCAUGCUGCUGGAGGGCCAGAAGGUGGUCCCACGGCGGACACUGGCGGCUGGCUAUCGAUAUUCCUUCCCAGAGCUCAGAGCUGCCUUGAGGGAAGUUGUGGCCUAAGUGGGGAGACACACUGCAGGAUGCAAGGCCAGUCCCUCAGUAGAGGCUUCCUGACUAGAGACUGAAUAGACUCAGAUACUCCUCCUUGAGGCUUAUAAGUAUCUGCUUCUUAGGGACUCCUCGCUGUCUUCUUUCCUCAUUCUGUUGCUUCACUUUAACUGAGGCUGCCCACUUUCUCAAGAUGGCAACCUCAUCAGGUUCAGACUUUAACCUCUCUGACUCCUGAUAAUAAAAAUUCCCACUUCGGUUUCUCUACAUGUGCUGUUCCUGCCCCCUUUACACCUCAGCACCAUGUAGAGAGAAUGCUCUGCUGUUUAGUCAAUAAAAAGUAAAUUCUC